CAGGGACCCCUUCCUGAAACUGCUUAUAGUGGUCAAAAUGCUUUUGAUCCUAAUGGAAACGAUGCAGCUGCUCAAAAUCCAGGAGCAGGCCAAACCGGCGUUCCCAGUUCUUUCCUGUACACAAAGUAUCAGCAGGGACCGCUUCCUGAAACGACUUAUACUGGUCAAAAAUUCUUUUGAUCCUACUGGAAAUGAUGCAGCUGCUCAAAACCCAGGAGCAGGCCAAACUGUCCCAAUUCUUUCGUGUAUACAAAUAAUCAGCAGGUAACCCCUUCCUGAAACAGCUUAUACUACUGCAGAAAAACCAGACAAUGCUGUUCAGCUGGCGCAUGGUAGCUUGAAGACACCACAUACUGAAUCACAUGCCUCUGCUAAUUUGGAUAAAUUCUUUAAAAAGGUAAAACUUGUUGAUGGUGAUAGUAAUAGAUACAGAGCAAACACCCAUGGCCCAGGGAGAUUUUGGGGCUGCAACUACUCAUGGAAUGUUUUUCCGCCACUAGCUGUCUAAUACGAAUACAGAAUGGAAAGUAUACAAACGAGGGCCUCGGGCUGUGUUCUGAAGAAAUCAACAGCAAGAUAUAGAUGGGCAUGAUAAGGAUUAAGGGAAUAAAUAUUUAGAAGAUUUUGUUUGAGUAUAUAUCUCUUUAUUUGAUUUUUUGAGUAUCUCUUUUAGAUUUAGGAUAGGACAUCUCUUUCCUUAUCUCUUAUCUGUUCACAUCUAUAAUAGAUGAACCUCUUGUUGAGAGGGCAUCUGGUAGAAGAUCACGGGUAUUAAUCAGUAAAGAUACUGUGGCCUCCUGCGGAGGAUUUAAUUGAGAUUACAUUAGUAUUUUCUUUCAGUUAUUUAGUCGAACAGUUGGUAGAGUUGUUUUUUUCCAUUCAAUAUUUUAUUAAGUUCCUUUCCUUAUGAUUGCUUUCCGUCCUUUACUCUAACACCGUUUGCCAAGCAGUGCAAUUUGAACCUGAAAGUUGUUGGUGCUCAAUACUCAAAGGGAGAUUCUGAAGAAGCUAAGCGACUCCAAUAUAUAGAUUAACUGAGGCAAAUGCUUUACGGGGAUAAGUAUAGGCCGAACAACAAUGUGCAAAUGACAUGGUGGUAACAGAAAUUAGUUAUGUUAUUAGUAGUGGGAUGUCCUGACCUGUGUAUCCUUGCUGUUCAUCUAUUUUCUUUGACAAAACCCCCCUUUUGUUUGUUUAUUAAUGAAUGUGUUUUGCUAUUAUACAACAUUCUUACUUUAAGUCAUUUACCUGACUAUACUGUUGUUCCAGGGCACAACUCUGCACAAUCUGUGUUUUUAUCAAUGAAAGUAAUGCAAAAAAAAAAAAAAAAAAUUGUUGUUUUAUACUGAUGGACUGUAUUUUAAUCAAAGCACACCCCGUAGUUUUGGGUUGUCAUUCCUUCCCUUCAGUUGUGUGCCUACAGUUUUCAGCUGUAAGUACUUCUAAUAAAGUUUUAACGUAUCCUAAGAAGGAAAUUACCACUGAUUUGAUUAUGCUACUGGACAUCCAAUGCACAAUGCAUCAGAUUCCAAUUUUUGGAGGUAUGGUGCCUGUCAAAUAUCUUCAGUGCGCCCUGAUUCGUGGGGAGCGCGCUCCAGAUUAUUACCAAAUUGCCUCGGUGCGCUCCUAACAACACGGGCUUUGCCUACAAUGGACUCUGGGAUGUUCUACCUGAUGAAUGCUUUUUGGACAACAAAAUCGUAAGAGCUGGUCACAAACUGACAGUGGUUUUGCUUAUGGAAAUGCUGAAAAAAUCGUCUGCAUUGUUGAUCAGCCGUUGAAUCCAAACCCCUAAGAAACCUGGAAAAAGCAGCAAAGCAGAAGACCCAAAGACAAGUUAAAGAUACAAAACAAAGUUAAGUUGGUCAGUUUUUGGUAGUCAGAUUCUAAUAAAUUUAUAGUUCCAGGCCAAUGGAAUUAGUUAUUUUAAUUCAAAGAAAAGGAAUCUUUCAGAAUUAGUGGAAAAAUUUUAAAUUCACUAUUCUUCCUGUUACAUAAAUUAAUCAUUUUAUUUGAAAAUUUAUAAAAUGACAAAAAUAACCAGUUACAUGUCAUCUUGCAUUUAAAUGCAAUUUUCCAAAAAUAAAAAGAGAGUUAAAAAAGUAACUCCGGUUAAGCUAAAUUUUGUAAUAACCAUGGUUAAUUAUUAACUCUAGUGAAGUAUUUUUGUAGUAUAAAAGUCCUGUGAUAACCCUUCAAUAUUCACAACCUUCAAUAUCUCAGUAUUCUCCUUUCUCUUUGAGAAAGUUUUUGAUUUCUCCUCCCUUUCAAUUUGGUGCUCUUCAAGGAAAGUUCACAAAGCAGGAGCUUUCAACUCUAGCUGAUUGAAGUUCUCAUCUUUACUGCUGCUGUCAGGUUAUACUGAGUGCUCUUUCUGACCCUGUUUAUAUAAUAAAUAUGGAGUCCAAUAAAGAUGAAGCAAUCCGGGCAAAGUCAAUUGCUGAGAGCAUGAUAGAGCAGAUGGAUUAUCUCGGUGCAAAGAAGUUAGCGCUGAAAGCUCAAUCUUUAUAUCCAGAGCUUUCUGGUAUUACACAGCUGCUGUCAACAUUGGAUGUGUAUCUAUCUGGGGAGAAGAUAGAUGGGGAAGUAGAUUGGUAUCGAGUGCUAUGUGUGAACCCUUCAGAUGAUCACGAUACCAUAAAAAAGCAGUUCAGGAAGCUUGCACUAAAGCUGCACCCUGAUAAAAAUUCUUCUGUUGGGGCCGAUGGCGCAUUUCAACUCAUUUCAGAAGCCUGGAAUUUGCUAUCCGAUGAAGAAAAGAGGGUGGCAUAUAACCAAAGGAGGGGAUAUGGGGGAGUCCAAAAGACUGUCCUAACACAUACCGGUGGUCCAUCAGCACCGAGCGGGGCAUGGAAUUCUGCACAAACUCGCCCAAGUCAACAGGAUGUUCCAUCAGCUUCACCCCGGAAAAGUAAAAAGAAAGUUCCAGGACACACUGGCGGUUCAUCAGCUGCAGCACAUACAGCUGGUCCUUCUAGUUCAACUUCUACCCGGCAGUCGCGGAGUAAAAUUACAAAGAAGGCCAGGACCCAAAGAUCCGAUGCCUUUUGGACUGUCUGCCGUGGAUGCAAUGUCCAUUUUGAGUAUCUUAAGGUGUAUGGCAACCUUACUCUUCUUUGUCGCAAUUGUGAUAAGCCGUUUACGGCUUUGGAGAUAGCAACGCCGGUAUUUUCCAAAUCAGCCCAACCGAUUCCUUGGGUUCGACGGGAGCAAGCUUGUGAUCCUAAUGGAAAUGCUGCAGCUGCUGCAGAAGCAGGCCAAACCGGUCCUAGUUCUUUCGUGUAUACGAACUAUCAGCAUGGACCUUUUCCUGAAACGGCUUAUACUGGUCAAAAUGCUUUUGAUCUCAACAGAAAUGCUGCAGCUGCUCAAAACCCAGGAGCAGGUCAGACCGGUCCCAGUUCUUUCGCGUAUUCAAACUAUCAACACGGACCUGCUCCUGAUAUGGCUUAUACCGGUCAAUAUGCUUUUGAUCUCAACAGAAAUGCUGCAGCUGCUCAAAACCCAGGAGCAGGCCAAACCGGUCCUAGUUCUUUCGUGUAUACGAACUAUCAGCAUGGACCUUUCCCUGAAACGGCUUAUACUGGUCAAAAUGCUUUUGAUCUCAACAGAAAUGCUGCAGCUGCUCAAAACCCAGGAGCAGGUCAGGCCGGUCCCAGUUCUUUCGCGUAUUCAAACUAUCAGCACGGACCCGCUCCUGAAAUGGCUUAUACCGGUCAAAAUGCUUUUGAUCUCAACAGAAAUCCUGCAGCUGCUCAAAACCCAGGAGCAGGCCAAACCGCUCCUAGUUCUUUCGAGUAUACAGACUAUCAGCAAGGAUUUCAGCCUUUUACCGGUCCUAGCUCCAAUUCUUUCGUGUAUACAAACUAUCAGCCGGGACCAGAGGCGGAUCCACGUUGGGGCAUGGGGGGGCCUUGGGGCUAGUAACCUGGACGUCGAAGGCUCGAAACCUUCGCGGAACAUUUGUUGUUUUGGAAAAUCAUUUGUUCAUUAAUUAGGUACAUUAAAUCAUUUAUCCGAUCUUUAUAGAUAAUUCAUUAGCUAGUAAAUGAUUCAUUUAUGUUGAA